AUGCGGGGUAGUCCAGAACAAAGAGCACUAGGAUACGACCAACUCCUCGCCAAGUUAUCUCCUGAACUAAGGCAGUGGUGGACCAGCACCUACCCUGACAGUCUGAAAAAAUUUCUACCGACUGUCAUGACACCACAGGAGCAAACUCAGCGAUGGAUGUGCUCCGUAAUUGCGACCAGCAUAAAACAUCAAGGCAAAGGUUAUGCAAGCGCUAUCAUGGACGCCGUGUACUCCAAGGCUGUUGAGACUGGCUCCUUGAUAGCCCUCAUCACCACAAAAGACAUCAAUGUCCCGAUAUAUCAGCAUAUGGGAAUGCGCUUGAGAGGUCGAGGAAUUACUCCUUCUCCGUACGGAGACAUCGACAUGUUUUGCCUCGCCAGGACCGCGUCAGAGUAG